UGGUGACCUUCAUGAUUUGUCAUGUGUUUGUAAUAUUUGUAUAUUUGUAAUAUUCUUGAAAAUAAUAAUGCCGGGCUGUUGCGUGCCAAAUUGCAAAAAUUCAGCGGCUAAGGGAUUUUUAAUGAAACAUUUCCCCAAAAAUGUGGAAAGAAGGACUCAAUGGGCUGUGAAUAUUCCACGAGCGAAUUGGAUACCCACAGAUUCUAGUUGUAUUUGUGAGAUUCAUUUUUCACCAGAAAUGUGGGAAAAACCUCGAAGUGAUGGUAAAAGGAUCUUGAAGUGUCAUGCAACACCAAAUAUUUUUGAGCCAUGUCUUAAGACAAUCAUUGCAUCCAAACAAAAUACUGAAUUAAUACAAUCAGUACAAACUGUCGAGAUGAAUGAGAACUCAAAUCUCUCCAGUAAUGACAUUAUCGCCCAACAAGAAGAAUCUAUUGAAUUUUUUAUAGUUCCAGUUACUGAAAAUCAACCAAAUCUAUCUUCAUCUAAUCAUGAUGAUAAAAUAGAUUGGAAGAAAAAAUACGAAAAGCUCAAUGAUUUAUUUAAGAAACGUGAAAAGAUGUAUAAUACUGUUUUAAGAAAAUGUAAUUGUUUGAAUAAUACACUUGUGAAAAGACUGAAUACAGAAAAACAAAAUCAGCAUAAGCAAUAUGUGAACACAAAAUUGUACUCCAUAAUUACAAAAGUAUUCACUAACGAUCAAAUAAAGGCAUUGACAAAGAAAUCAACACGUGGUUCAAAGUGGUCCGAAGAAACACUUAAAAAAGCUGUUCGACUGAGAAUUACUUGUGGAGCGAAUGGAUACAAAGAACUUUUGCAACAACAUAUUCCUUUGCCGUCAUUGCGUACUUUACAAGAAAAAAUGGCAACACUUCAUUUUGAACAGGGAAUUUGCAAAGAAAUUUUAAAUAUCUUAAAGGAAAAGUAAAUAGUUUUGAAGAUAGAGAUAAAGACGCUAUGAUUGCA